AUGAGCACGAACGACAAGCAACAUGGCACGGCCAGAGCGGCAUUACUGGACGACGAGGGCGACCUGUCGUUGGAGUUCGAGGCGGCCUUGGUGCGGAUCUUUGCACGAUUCUCCUCGUCGUACCAGAAGCGCCUCCCUGAUGCGCGUGCUAGCGGUAGCAAUGCGAGUGCGACGCUUGCACGCCCCGACGCAGCGGACGUGUGGACCGAGGCGGAGCUGGAUGCCUUUUCGACGGUGACCAACGGCGGUGCUCUUCCGCAGGAGUCCAAGGACGAGAUCCGCGAGUUUCUGGACACGGACGAGGAGGGCAACCUGACGUUCGGCGGAUUCUGCCAGAUGUACCACCUCCAGAGCGACAACGAUGCCGACGAGACGUGGAAGGAUCUGGCUCAGCUCGGCUUUGACGACAGCUUGCAGUACAAGCACCACGAUGCACAGCAAGCCGAAUCAGAGGCGCCGUGCGAUAAGCGUACCUCUGCAUCGUCGUCGCAGGCAGACAAGCAGAGCGGCGAGAAAGGUGACGAAUAG